AUGAGCCAGAAACAUAUCAUUCCAAAUCCAGCCUCAACUCCAUAUGCAUCGAAAACAAGUUUGCAGGAAUCAAUACGUGAAAAAGAUCAACAAAUUUCAAAAUUAUUACGGGAACGCGAUUUGGAUCGAUCGGAAGUUACGAGAGCGGCAUCACAAGCAGACCAUGCUGAACAAUUAUUGGCUACUUUAAGGAAGGAUUAUGAGAAGUAUCGACAAGAAUGCGAGAUAAAACUGAAAGAAAAUAAUGGUGCCUUAUGUAAACUUCAAUCAGAACGUGAAGUAUUACUGGGACAAAUUAACGAAGAGAAACAAAAGGCAGAAGAUUUACAAUUCCGUUUUGAAGAAGCUGCAUUACAUAAAGAUGAUGUUGAAUCAACAGCUAGUAUUUAUUUGGCAAAAAUUAAAGAAUUGGAGAAUAGUUUAAAAGAAGAACGAGAAAAUGUUAAACGAUUAGAAAAAGAUAACGAUAAAUUAUUCGAGGCUGAAGAAGAAUUGACAAAGACAAAAGUGGAAUUGGAACAAUUGAAAGCUGGGAAAGUUAAUGAAGAAUCUUCAUCAAGUGAUUUGAAACAAGAAAACGAAGCAUUGAAACAGGAAUUAGAAAAGCUUAAAAACCAAAAUAUUGAAUUACAUUCCAAAGUUGAUAAUUCCGAAACAUUAUACUCCAAAGCAUUACUCACUAUUAACGAACACAAAGAAGAACUAGAAGCAAUGAAAGCACAAUUACACAAAGUUAAAGAUGAAUUGGAAAUGAAAACACGUGAUUUAUGUGAAAUAAAUAAAAAACAACAGGAUGAUUUACAAAAAGAAAAUGAAAAAUUACAGAAACAACUCGAAUCACAAAAAACUGAAAUGGAAUCAUAUGUACAUGAAAUUAAGAAACGUGAUAGUGAAUUAGCUGAACUAACUGUAAAAUUGGAACAAAGCAAACAUGAAAUGAAAUUGAAGGAUGAAAAUAUCGAACAUCAUGUUCGUGCCAAACGUGACGUUGAAGAACAACUCGAACAGAAAGUAAAAGAACAUCAAGAAAUUCUCAAACAACAAGAAGAUGAAUUUGAAAAACAUAAGAUUGAACAAAGCAAAAAAAUAGCUGAUGCUGAAACCGAAAUUAUUGCCAAGCGUGCCACCAUUGAAUCACAUGCCUCUGCUUUAGAACAAUUACAAAAAGAGUUAUCAGAAGCUAAUUCACAAGUGCAAUUCGUAACAUCUCAAUCCAAUAUGCAACAAACUCAAAUGCAAGAAUCAUUUAUCCAACAAAAAGACAUGAAGAUCUUACAAAUGAAUGCACAAUUCGAAGCUAAAUGUAACGAACUUGCUCAUUGUCAUGAUGUCAACACGAAACAAGUACAAGAGUUACAUCAAAAGGAAGCACAAAUCGAAACAUACAAACGUGAUUUCGAAGUCUUAUAUCAAAAACUUCGCGAUGAAGAAACUAUGAACUGUAAUUUGACUGCUCGAAUCAACGAAAUGGAAUUGAAUGUGGGUGAUUUAUCACGUAAGAUUACAUCACAGAAUGAAAUGAUCCAAAUAAUCACCGAAGAAAAACGUAAAUUAGAAAUGGAAAUCCAACAAUACAUGACCCAUAAUCAUGAAUACGAUGAGAAAUUAAUGAAGUGUUCAAACCGAAACAAUGAACUCAUCCGUCAAGUUGAAGAAUGUCGUAACGAAUACAAUAAACAACAACAAAUUUUCCAACAUAAAGAACAUGAAUAUCAAAUCCAAAUUCAAAACUUACAAGUUCAACUCAACAAUGUGAACGAUAAUUUGAAUAAAAAACUUCAAGAUGCAGUUAACGGUCACAGCGUUAUGCAACAAAAAUGCCAGAACGAUUUAUUAGCAGCCCAACGUCUUGAAGGGGAACUUCGUGCAGAGAUUGAUCGAUUAAACAUACUUUUACAACAAAGCAAUAAAUCUAUGCAAAAACGUGAAAAUGAUUAUAAAUUACAAAUCGAUCAAUUGAAGGUAGAAAUCGAUAAAUUGACAGUAGAAUAUCAAAAUCAAAUUAAAAUGUGUGACGUCAAAGUUCAACAUAUUGUCAACGAAAAUAAGGAACUUAAAAUGUUAUUAAAACAGAAGAACGAUAUGAUCAUCGAAAUGGAGUCGAAAUGUAAACAAAUGUUUAACGAUUGUCAAAGUCAAUGUCAUGGUAUGCAAGAAGAAUGCGGACUCAAUAUCAAGAAACUUAACGACGAACUCAAUCAUUUACGAGUGACCCUCAGUCAACGUGAACAAAGUAUUAACGAAUUGAAUGUACGUAUGAGCAGCUUGAAACAAGAAAACAUUCAAAUAACAAACAAAUUGCAAGUUUAUAAUGAAGAAAAUAAUCACUUACACAUCCAAAUCAAUCAAUGUAAACAAGAAAAUCAGCAUAUCCAAGAAGAACUCAAUACUAAGAGCUCUCAAUUGAAUAUAUACAUGCAACAAGUGAAACAAGUCAGCGAAGAAAAAGAAAAGAUUGAAAUCAUGUUACAACAAGUCCACAAGAAAUUGGAAAUUGUAAAUCAAGAAUACACUCAAAUCAAAGAACAAUUCAUUCUAAAUCGUCAACAUUGCGCCAACAAAGACCAACAUAUCAAAGAACUCGAAGAAAUUAAGGUACAAUACGAAAAUCAAAAAUCAAUGCUAAUGGUACAAAUCGAACAGAAAGAAAGUAAAAUCCAAGAACUUGCCCACACAAUCGAAAUCACAAAACAACAACAAUGUGUUGAAUGCGAGAAUCGUAUUCAAAUCAUACAGAAACAAUGUGAUUCCCGGGCAAUGGAAUGCUCAAAAAUGGAACAAAAUAUCCAUAUGCUUCAAAUCAAGAUUAACGACAUGUCAAUUGAAUGUAAUCGUGCUAAAUCUGAAAUUACUAUCUGGCAACAGGAAUACGAAAAAGUAAAGAAUCAAUCGAAUACCAUCGAACAACAUUGCUCCGAAAAGGAUACCCUUAUCUUGGACUUACGUGGGGAAAUUCAAAUUUUGAAAGAACAUCAUGAACAACAAUCUAACCAUCGCAUUGAAUUAUUGGAACAACAAAUUAACCAAUACAAAGUACAAUUUAACGAAUAUCAACAACAAUGCGAUAUCAGAUCCCAUGAAUUGGAAGAGUGUAAGAAUCAAAUCAUUGUCAUCAAAGAAACGCAUAACAAAGAACAGCAACAACAAGUUGUCAUCGUUAAACAGCAAUACGAACAGUUGCAAAAUACAUAUCAUACCUUACAAGUCAACUGUGAGAAACGUCAACAGGAGGUCUUCAAUUGUAAACAAGAGGUCCAACAAACGCAACAUCAUUGCUCUGAAACACAGAAUAAAUUAGUUAUCCUCGAAAAAAAAUGUACUGAAGUCCAACACAACUUCGGUAGCUUAAAACAACGUUGCGAGAACAAUAUAAUAAACCUAAAAAUAUGUCAAGAACAGCUUAAGAACCGUGUUCAACAUCCACCAACUCAAUCCCAACCAAUAAUCCAACAAUCAUGUGAUAAUGAGAAUCGACAAAUCACUUUACUUCAACAACAAAUUCAACUCUUACAACGUGGCGUCUGUGAUGUAAAUCGUAUUUGCACGAAUCUAAAUCAAAAUGAUAUUGAUGUUCAACGGUUUUGCCAUUCUCAAAUUGUACAAAUUAAUCAAUUACAAGUGAAUUUGGAACAAUGUAAGAAUAAUUUACAACUGUGCCAUGGACAUCAACAAGAUAGUGUAAAACAAACCAGCAAUUGUGCAAAUGAGAAACAUGUCAUAUUAAAUCAAUGUAACGAACAAAAACGACAAUUAGAAAUACAAAUCACACAAUUACAACAAGAAAAUUUGAAAUUCAUCGUAGUUCAAAAGGAAUUGGAACAAUCGAAGUUAAUUAUCCAUCAAUUACAACAAGAAGGCGAACAUCGUUGUGAUUUACUAAAAUUAACUGUACAACAAAAGGAGAAUGAAAUAAUGUACUUGCAUGAUAUAAUCCAACAAUUACAUGUUAUAAACAAUUCAACAUCCCAAAAUAACAAACAUUGUAAGAUGUUAGAAUUAACAAUCAAACAAAAUCAAGUGGAAUUAACACAAAAGAUACAAUUAAUCAAUGAAUUACGUGUGAAGAUUGAUGGAUUAUUGAAAUUACAAAACGAUGUUCAACGUUGUAGCGUACUUGAAUUACAAUUACAACAAAAACAAUUAGAAAUUGAUACACAAGCACAAUUAAUUAUACAUUUACGUAAAGUAUUAGAAGAUUUACAAUUCGGUGGUAAUCAACAAGAACAUAAUGUACAUACGUUUAGAGCUGAAAUUGAUAAAUUAAAUACAUAUUUACAUGAAAAAGAUCAAAUGAUCUUUAAAUUACAAACGAAAUUACAACAAUGUGAGCGAAAUAGUAAAGUACAUGAUGAACAUCGUGUUUCUAUUCCAAUUAUAAGUGGGGCUAAUAAUUGUGGUGUAUAUGUUGAGGAAAUUAGUCGUUUACAAACUGAAUUACAUUGGUCACAUGUACAUGCUACUGAAUUCGAGAAUAAAUUCCAUUUAUUGGUAACGGAAAAUCAACAAUUAUUGGAAAAAUUACGACAAUGUGUUGAUGGAUGUCAUAGUCAUUCAAUGAAUGUUACAAUUCCUAAUAAUUGGGAAAUUGAAAAGUUAACAUUACUUGAACAAAUUGCUGAAUUAAAGUGCGAACUUGAAACUCGAGCCAAGGAAUUGAUUAUUUGUAAAACGAAAAUACCUUGUAAAAGCAAAAGUGCCGAAAUUGCUGUGGAUCUAGAUAUAGGUUCUGCAUUAGAACAAGCACAUCAAGAAAAAUUCACAAAUAUCAACAAUAAAUUAUCUAGUGUCGGUGGAGCAAUUGGUUCUAUAAAACAAAAAGCUGCUCAUGUGAUACAAAGUCGAGAUGAAGGUAGUUCUGCCGGUGGCUGGCAACAAAUCACACAAGCAAAUCAACAAAUUCAAUUUUUAAAUUCAAUUAUUGUUGAUAUGCAACAGAAGAAUGAACAACUUAGAUCGAAAAUUGAGGCAUUAGAAGCAACGUGCGCACCAAAUUCAUCGUCUCAGAUCGUUUGGCCAUUCAACAGAAGAUUGUGAUGAAACAGAGACCUUUUAAAUACAGAACAUAGAUUCAAAUUCUGAAGUGUAAUCACACCCCUCAAAAAGUGUGAAUUACUAGCUUAGACCUCAUUUUGUAAAGAAAAUUUAACUUAAAAACCAAUUAACUAAUUUAUUGCGAUAGUCAAUGUAAAUAUUUAUAAAAUUAGUCAAUUAUUUAGGAAA